UUCUUCGCUUUGCUUCCAACAAUACACACAGUCUCUUCAAAUUCUUCAUCAUUUCUAGUUUUGUUUACUGGUUCUUUCAUCAAUGGAGAGAUACUCUGCUGCCGCUAGUGGAAGAGGAAGGGACGGUCAGGAUGGUGGCCGCGGUCGUCGUGGUCGUGGUCGUGGUGGUGGUCUUGAGGGUGGUCCUGCACGAGGCGCUGGAAGAGGUGGAAGAGGUGUAAGAGGAGGGAGAGGAGGAGGAGUAGGAGGAAUAGUAGACUGGGGGCCUGCCGGUGGCAGGUUUCGUGGAUCUACUAGCUCUGCUCCUUCUGUUCAAACACGGAUAGAGCCACAGAAUAUUUCUACUGAAGAACUUCCUGAGCCUAUUGUUCCAGCAAUGCAAUCAUUAGCAAUUUCUACAUCUUCAGCUCCUGAAGAUUCAGGCAAACGCGUUCCAAUUAAACGACCUGACAAUGGUGGGAAAAAUUGUGACCGGCCUGUACCGCUCCGUGUUAAUCAUUUUCUGGUUCGUUAUGACCCCGAGAGAAUCAUAAGGCACUAUGAUGUUAAUGUCAAACCGGAUUUGCGAUCUGAAGAUGGUCGGGCUGUGAAGUUGCCGAAGACUGUUCUGUCUAUGAUUCGCAACAAGUUAUUCUCAGAUGAUCCUGACAACUUUCCCUUGUUAAAGUCUGCAUAUGAUGGUGAGAAAAACAUUUUCAGUGCAGAGCCACUACCCACUGGAACAUUUAAGGUGGGAUUAUCGAAUGAGGAAGGGAUAAAGAUCCGAUACUUCACAGUUGAAGUGCAGCUCGUGAAUGAGCUUAAAUGUAGCAAGUUGGGUGAUUAUAUAAGGGGCGAAAUUUUGUCCAUUCCUCGUGAUGUGCUACAAGCUUUGGAUGUGAUCAUGAAGGAGAAUCCAACAAGGAACAUGAUUUUUGCUAGUCGAAGUUUUCAUCCUAUCGAACCUGAUACACAAGUUGACCUUCACCGUGGCAUCAUUGCUUCUAGAGGGAUUAAACAUAGCUUGAAGCCAACCUUCCAGGGUCUAGCCUUGUGUAUGGACUAUUCCGUUGUGCCAUUUCGCAAGCAAAUGCCCGUUAUAGAUUAUCUACAGGAACACAUUCCUGGCUUCAAUCCAAACAAUUUCAGAAGAUUCAAGAAGCAAGUCAAGGAAGCUUUGGAGGGAUUGAAUGUUACUGUGACUCACAGAACUACGAAUCAGAAAUACAAAAUUGCUGGAUUAACCGAUCAGAACACACGGGAUAUUUCAUUUGACGUGGAAAACCCGAGUGACCAGAACUCUCAAGGGAAAGUUAACCUUGUUUCUUAUUUUAGAAAAAAAUACAACAAGGAUAUUAUCCACAUGGAUAUACCAUGCUUAGCUUUGGGGAAAAGCAACAGGAAAAAUUACGUUCCUAUGGAGUUCUGCAUCAUAGCUGGGUGGCAGAGAUAUGCAAAGGAGCUUUUGGACGUAAAUCAAUUAGGAGAGUUAAGGAAGAUUUCAUUAGUUGCACCAAAGGAUAGACAAAGAACAAUACGUGACAUGGUAGAAAAUAGAGUUGGACCCUGCAGUGGAGAUAUUAUUCAAAAUUUUGGAAUCAGUGUGGAUGUGGAAAUGACAACACUUAUUGGUCGGGUUAUUAAGCCACCAGAGUUGAAGCUUGACACUAAUCUGAGAAGAAGCUUGGUGAUUACUAGCGAACCAAUCAGGGAAUGGGGAAUACUUUUCUUUGGCGAGUAUAGUCUUGAAAAUUUCGCUCCUGAGCUGAUCUCUCGCAGCCAAAGAAUGAACAUCCGCAUGGACCAGCCUCGUUUAAACGAACUUCAUCCAAGGAAAUUGUUACUUGAUGUUCAGAAACUCGAAGAACUGCUUGAAAGAAUUAAGAGUGCACGUUUACAGAUUCUUGUUUGUGUGUUGCCUAAGGAGCCUAAGGAGCCGAAGGAGCCUAAGGAGGGUCCUGCUGGUUACAAUAAUCUCAAGUGGAUAAGUGAGAAAAAAGUUGGCAUCCUAACUCAAUGUUGUUUAGCCAAAAAUUGCAGUAGACCUAAAGAUCAGUUUCUCGCAAAUCUUGCUCUAAACAUCAAUGCGAAGCUUGGGGGCAGUAAUGUAGAGCUCAUCAAGCAGCCCAAUUUCUUGCAAAUUAAGGGCCAUUUUAUGUUUGUUGGUGCUGAUGUUAAUCAUCCUCGCUCUUACAACACAACAAGUCCUUCAAUUGCAGCUGUUGUCGGCACCAUGAAUUGGCCAGCAGCAAAUAAAUAUAGUGCACGGAUUUGUCCUCAGGAUCAUAGGACAGAGAAGAUUCUGAAGUUUGGAAGCAUGUGCAUGGAGCUUGUAAAUACAUAUACCAGCCUAAAUCAGGCAAUGCCAAAGAAUAUUAUCCUAUUCCGUGAUGGUGUAAGUGAUGGGCAGUUUGAUAUGGUUCUGAAUGAAGAACUCACGGAUCUCAAGAUGACAUUUCAAGCAUCGAAUUACUCCCCCAGAAUUACUGUUGUUGUUGCACAGAAGCGACACACAACUCGGAUGUUUCUAGAUGGCAACCAGGAUGGAAAUGUGCCCCCAGGAACUGUGGUAGACACAAAAAUCACACAUCCUUGUGGAUUUGACUUCUACAUUUGCAGCCAUUAUGGUAGUAUAGGAACAAGCAAGCCAGCCCACUACCAUGUGUUGUGGGAUGAGAAUGGUUUUACUUCUGAUGAAUUGCAGGAGCUUAUUCAUGGCAUGUGCUUCACCUGUGCCCAGUGCACCAAGUCUGUCUCACUGGUCCCUCCAGUGUUGUAUGCCGACCGUGCUGCUUAUAGAGGUCGGGUUUACCAUGAUGCAAUGGAGGCAUAUCAGUCAUCAGCACCACCACCUUCAACAUCAUCAACGCCUUCCUUUGAUGAGCAGCUGUACAAGUUGCACCCUGACCUGGAAAACUCCAUGUUUUUCAUUUGAGGCAUCUUCCUCCUCUUUCGGAGAUAGAUAAACAUUUUAUAUCAAGAUCGCCGAGUUGCAUUCCAUUCUCCAGGCUGGAAAAGCAGUUUGUGCGUGAAUCUAAUAAGUAUGAGGCUUGUGUCUUUUUAGUAUAGUGUUUCCUCUUGAGUUUUCAUGGUCUGUGCAUGCAGAAGGCCAUGUGAAUUAAGAGGGUUAUUUGUGUUUUGUGUCAGUUUGUCGUUUUGGAUUAAGUUUGUGGACUGAAGUUCUGUUGAGAUGUUUCGCUAUUGGUCCUUUUGUAGUCUGUUAAUGUUUCUCAAUCCCUAGCUGCCUCAUACUUGGGUUUAGCAAGGAGAAGGUCUAGUUUUUGAUGCUAGAUUGCUACUCUUAUGAUUGUCAGUAUCACUAUUUCAAUAUGAUUUGAAGAAAUUAGUAUUACUCUUAAA